GCAGGAUUUUUUCCAUGGAUUUGUAACCAUGCCAUCUGAUGAUGCAUGUCUAUAUAGGAGCUUUUGGCUUGCUGUCGUUUGUGUAAUUGUCUUUGGAACCGUCUGGCCUGGGUGCAGUUUGUGGGCUGUCGUCUCUGGAUAUUUUGUUCCACGGGUAUUUUAAGAAUUAGGACUUGGUACUGUGGUGAUUCGCAUCUCGGGUACUAUUUCCCAUCUUCGCCCUCUUUGCCGUAUUCUGCCUGGCCUCACUUUGGUAUCAUGGCUCCCUCAACUCUCGUCGGCCGUCCCCUGAACUGGGCCAUCACGGCCGCAGCUGGUGCAGGCUUCCUGCUUUUCGGAUAUGACCAAGGCGUCAUGAGCGGUCUCCUUACCGGAGCAGCUUUUACCAAGACAUUCCCAGAGAUGGACACCCUCAAUGGCGGGAGUGCUUCUCUUCAAGGCACAGUAGUCGCCAUAUACGAAAUAGGUUGUUUCUUUGGAGCGAUUGCAGCUCUGUUCAUCGGAGAGCCCCUUGGAAGACGCAAGAUGAUCAUGUUAGGGUGCAUCAUUCUUGCCAUCGGUGGUGCGCUUCAGGCGUCGGCGAGCACGAUUCCCCACCUGAUCGUUGGUCGAAUAGUGGCUGGAUUGGGGAACGGUCUGAAUACCAGCACAAUCCCCGUCUGGCACUCGGAGCUGAUGAAAGCCACCAAGCGCGGAAAGGGACUGUGCGUCGAAUUGGCCAUCAACAUCUUUGGAGUAAUGUUAUCCUACUGGGUCGACUACGGCAUGUCCUUUGAGAAGAGCGACGCCCAAUUCCGGUUCCCGCUGGCCCUACAGUGCGCAUUUGCCAUCGUCACCUUCUUGGGCGUGCUCUUCCUCCCCGAGUCGCCCCGCUGGCUCGUCGCCAACGACCGCCACGAAGAGGCCCAGGACGUUCUGUGGUCCGUCGAAGAGAAUGCCAGAAGCAUUUCACGCGACGAUGAGCGUGUGACUAAGCAUUUGGUCGAGAUCCAGACGGCGAUCCGCGAGGAGCGCGAGGCCGCGGGCAACAACGGCUACAGCGCCCUAUUCCACAACGGCGAGCAAAAGUUCCUCUACAGAACUUUGCUGGGGAUAGGUGGGCAGUUUUGCCAGCAACUAUCUGGUAUCAAUUUAAUUACAUACUAUGCUCCCGUCAUCUUUCAACAGAGCGUUGGGUUGAGCCGGGACCUUUCGCUGCUUCUCGCGGGCUUCAACGGCGUAGCCUACUUCUUUUCCUCGCUGGUACCGAUCUGGCUCAUCGACCGCCUGGGCCGCCGCAAGCUCAUGCUCUUUGCUGCAGCCGGCCAGGGCUGCUGUAUGGCAAUCCUUGCCGGGACGGUUGCCAACGGGAGCAAGAGCGCGGGCAUUGUCGCCAUUGUCAUGCUCUUCCUCUUCAACUUCUUCUUCUCCGUCGGUCUGCUGGCCAUCCCAUGGCUACUCCCCGCCGAGUACGCACCCCUGGCUAUUCGGUCUCGGGCCGCAGCACUGGCAACUGCUUCCAACUGGAUCUUUACCUUCCUCGUCGUCGAAAUCACCCCCGUCAGCAUCACCAACAUCCAGUGGCGCACCUACAUUUACUUUGGCGUCUUCAACUUUUGCUUCCUACCACUCAUCUACUUCUUCUACCCCGAGACCCGCAACCUGACCCUGGAGCAGAUCGACAAGCUCUUUACGGGCGAUCGCGUAAAGAUGCACUGGGAUCCCAGCAUGGGCUCCGUCGAGGGCCUGACCACCGGAAGCCCCGAGGGCGAGAAGGAGGCUGCUGUCCAGACCGAGAUUGCCGAGAGGCGGGAUUAA